CAAUGUUAUUAUUCUCAUGAACAGAGAACUUCGUUGCGGCAUAAGUGUAAAUAAAAGGUUUUUGUAUGGAUCGUAAUAAAACGAAUGCCCCAAACAGGGGCCAAAAAAAAGUAUUAUUGGGUGCCGAACUCUUUGCACUCGGUACCAAAAGUGGUCGCGAUGAUUCGAAAGGAAAAAUAUUACCAAUAAAAGGAAUACCGGGAUCUAGCAGCAGCUCCACAGAAAGGAAGAGAGAAGCUUCAUCGAGUCUUGGAAGUCAUCCCAGCAAGAGGUUCCGAGUUAGCCUUAAAGAUGGAAUCCCCGACCUGACAACCACAACGGGAAUUCCACACUAUGAUAUAUGGGAACAAAUAGCUGAGGAUUGCGAUUUAUCAAAUGCCAUUGAAACCAUAUACGCAGCAAUCGAGCAAAACGAUAAUGAACUUGUUGUACGAAUUAUUUGUGGAAUCAUCAGGCACGCAACAUCGAGAGAUGCUGCCAGAUCUAAAGUGGAUAACGUGGCAUACUUGACUUUAUUUUACUUGGCAAAAGUGCAUCCACAAUUCUUCAAUAACGAUGUUAUUGCCUAUGCACUUUUGUCGUUUUUACGUCGUGAAACUAAUGUCAAAAUGCGCUAUAAUAUUAACCUUCACGUAUUAUUUACAAAUCUGCUUACUAGAGGGUUUUCCGAUAUUACCCAAUGGCCGGAGGUACUGUUGCGUACAUACGUUGACGAUGCUGUCAAUGAACGAUUUUGGGCCGACAAUGAUUACUGCGCGCCGUUGGUUAAAAAUAUUUGCGCCGCUUUCAAAACACGGACUCCACACUUGAGUCUUCUGCGCUGGGAUGUUAACACGACAGUAACAACUGGGCAAACGCAUCGAGACAAUUUCACUGUAGAUGAUGAUUCGGGUGACAACUCGACCCAGAGCUUGGAUGCCAGCCCAUAUCUCGAAUCAGAUCAAGCAGCUGAUGCUAUUUGUUCAGUAAAGUCCAGAUUUGCAGACAGUAUUGUGCAGAAGUUAGUAAGCGACGCUAUACGGGAUCAACUAAAUAAGCGCCAGCAACAGGAUAAUUACACUAGAAAUUUUCUUAAAUUUCUUUGCACCAGUUCGGGUAUCGGAGAAGUUCGCUGUCUCAGCAUUUCUCGCCUGGAAUUAUGGAUACAUAAUGGAAAACUUGUCAAGUUCGCCCAGCAAUUAUUAUCAUAUAUUUGUUUCAACAUCAAAGGCAAAAACACACAAGACAAUGAAGUUCUUCAAGUAUUAGUUAAAAUGCGUCUAAAAACCAAACCACUUAUCAAUCAUUAUAUGUCAUGUCUCAAGGAAAUGAUACACUUGCAGCCAGACAUCUUGAGUACAAUCAUGAAGCUUGUCGUGCAAAAUGAACUCUCAAAUACAAGAAAUCCAAAUAAUAUGGGAAUGCUUGCAACAAUGUUUCAAACGUCUCCAGAUCAAUCAGCAGUUAAUCUGGCAGAGAUAUAUCAGGAAUUUUUACUGCAACGUGAUGAUUGCUUAAGGACAUUGCGCGUUUUUCUAAGGGAACUUGUACGGAUGCUACGCUUCGAUGUGAAUCUUGUAAAGUUUUGUAAAACCUUUUUAAGUGAAAGAGAAGAGCUGACCCAACAAAUCGAACAAUUUGACUUCAAGGAGCGGAUAUUUCACUCUGUUGUAGACAUUGUAUGCCUUUGUAUGUUUCUUUCGGCAACACCACAAGCACGUGAAGGAAGCUUAUCGCUAAAAACCAAUCGCGACGUAAAAAAUAAUCAAGCCCUAAUACGUCUAUAUAAUCAAAUGUCACAAAUACAAUUGGAUUCAGUUUCUUGGAUGUACGAAACUGUUCCAAAUCUUUAUAAAAUACAAAGCGUGGAAUAUCAUCAGGCUUUGCACAAGGUGCUGUUGCUAGACAAUCCAGAACAGUACUCACGCUGUGACCAGUGGCCAUCGGAGCCGGAGAGGGGUGCCAUAUUAAGAAUAAUAUCGGAAACUCCAAUUCACGAAGAAACUUUACUUCGAAUUAUAUUGAUAGGCAUCACAAAGGAUAUUCCGUUCUCCAUAGCAAACACAUUUGACAUAUUACUGUUGGUGAUAAAACGUGUCUCUGGGAUGAAGGCCACAGAUUUUCCAGCAGUUCAAGCGAAUAAAUUUGACAUAAUCGACUUUCUGUUUAGCAUGUCGGAAUAUCAUCAUCCAGAAAACAUUCAGCUACCAGAGGAUUACGAGCCACCAAAGCUAGCAAUCAUUGCGUUUUAUUGGAAAGCCUGGCUAAUAUUAUUGAUGAUUUCUGCCCACAAUCCUUCGACUUUUGGGGCAUUUUGCUGGGAUCACUACCCGACGAUGAAACUGUUAAUAGAAAUAUGUAUAACAAAUCAAUUUAACAGUUGCGUUUCACACAAGGAUGAAUUACAGAUAAUAACUGUUGAAAGGGAUCAUAUUCUUCAAUUCGAAACAUAUUUGGCAGCGCAAACUUCUCCACAUGCUGUGAUCACCGAGGAAAACGCCAUUUUGAUUACACAGCUAAUGUUAAUGGAUCCAAUGGGAACCCCCAGAAAAGUACCAAAUUUAGUUUUAGAGCAACUUAAGUUUCUUAAUCAAACAUACAAAUUAGGUCAUUUAUUUUGUCGCUGUCGCAAGCCAGAUCUGCUUCUAGAUAUCAUACAAAGGCAAGGCACAACACAAUCAAUGCCUUGGCUGUCAGAUUUAGUUCAGAACAGCGAAGGUGACUUUAGCCAUCUUCCUGUACAAUGUUUAUGCGAAUUUCUACUAUUUAAUGCACACAGCAUUAACGAAGAAAACAGUCGCGAUGCGGAGCUUGUUAGUUUUAUCAGAAAUCUAAUAAUGGACUCCAGCUACAACAAUCAUGUUGUGUGCGAAGUGUUAGAUUAUAUAUUCCGGCGUUUAUCGUCAACAGUAAAGCAAUCCAGAGUUGCAGCUUUAUCUGGCUUGAAAAUCAUAUUCAAAAACUCUGGCAAAUAUGAAAACGAAUGGCUUUUAAAAUCAAUUCAACAAAUUCCACAUUUCUUGGAGGCCAAAAUGUAUAUAAUUCCCCAGCUGCGCGCUGCAUGUCAAGUUGAAAAUUGUCCAGAGCUCAUUAUGGCGUAUAUACAAUUUAUAACGAAACAUACGCUUAAUGAUCCUGUUAACGAAAUGCUAGAUCACGUUAUAGACAUGGCACAAUUGAUUGUGGAACGUAAUACAAUGUUUCAACAUAUUAUAAUUUCCCAAGAAGACUACAAUCUUAACCCAGAUGAGAACCGAAUUCAGACAUUGAAAUGCUUAUUUGUAAUGUUCAACAAUUACAUUAUCAAAUUGAGAGAAUUUCAUGAGCCUUAUGAAUGGACAGAAUAUCCGGAUUUACUGAUGGUUCAAUUUGAGGAUGGUGUGCAGCUACCGCUACAUAUAAAUAUAAUUCAUGCAUUUAUUAUUCUGCUAACAUAUUCGAACAGCAAUAUGUCCGAAUCUAUACCAAUUCUUGAUUACUGGUUUCCUCCAGGUCGACCUGCGCCAGUAGCUUUCUUGCCUACUAUGCCUCAAGAACAAAUUCAACUGUUACCGGAUUGGCUGAAGCUCAAGAUGAUUCGUUCGUCUGUAGAUCGGCUAAUUGAAGCAGCUUUGAAUGAUCUGACGCCCGAUCAAAUAGUGCUAUUCGUUCAAAAUUUCGGUACUCCGGUAAAUUCAAUGUCCAAACUACUGGCAAUGCUUGAUACUGCGGUAUUGGAACAGUUUGACUUAGUUAAAAAUGCAAUACUGAACAAAGCAUAUUUGGCGCAGCUAAUUGAAAUCCAACAAGCCCGCGGAGCUAAAAAUGGUCACUAUACUGUGCAAGCCCUAGACUUGCAUUCACAUUCUCAAACUGUUCCCGAUCUUCCUAAAAUAAACGCGCACACUCAGGAAGUCUUCCAUAUUACUAAAUUCGAUCCCGAUUCUGUUCAUAACGUCAGCACCACUCAUUCUGAAAAGGAAAUCGUACAAAUUCUGCUUAAGAGUCCAAAUCAGAAUAUGAUUACGACUAACGACUAUCGUAAUUUAAUUCAUAAUUUGCUAGACCUUGUCGUUUGUCCAGGGACAAAAAAUGCUGAUUUCCUGGCGUCAAUAUGCGAGGUUGUCAAUCCGUCAUUGCUCGAUUAUACGCGUGCAGACAAAAUCAAUAUCAACACAAGCCGUGGUGCCUCCACUCUGCUGCGAGCAUAUUUCAGCUGUAAGCUCUCCAAUGAGAAUUAUCUUGUUAUUGAAAAGAAACUAAAACAAAAUGCUCGAAUUUCAAAUCAGUUAGGCUCGUCUUCGAAGCAGGUUUUCAAAACAGAAUUAUUCUUAGACAGUCUCUUAUUCAUGCUGAAAAGUUCCUAUCAAUUAUACUUUGUAAAACUCAAAUCGAAAAAUUCGCUACUUGCAACGAAAAAAAUAGUCAGAGAAAUGAUUCAAGAUUUUGAAAAUCUUAGUAAUGAUAAAACGAUUUGCAACAAAGUCAAUUAUAAUAUUUUCAACAAUGGAUUAUUCAUAGACUGGCUUGCAGAGGCUGAUCCUGAAAUAAUAUUUACAAAGCUGCUAAAGGAAAGUUUUCUGUUUUCGAAAUCCUGUAGCGAGUUUAGAUUUUUCCUUUUGUCACUUAUUAAUCAUCAAACCAAUUGGAGUACAAUCGAGCGAAUUGCGAAGUGCUUAUUCAAGGAUUAUAAACUUGACUACGAUUUCAGUACCGUACUAAACUAUUUUGAAGCUCUGACCACAAAUCCAAAUUUGUGGAAGGGCAGAGAUAAGUAUAUGUCGAAAAAUGUGCUACCAAAUUCAUUCUUUAAGUUAGAGCCUGCGGAGCUAGAACCCUUUGUACACUUUGUUCUAUAUGAAGGAAUCUCAGAGGUGAUGAACGAUACGAAUGGCAACUAUGACUUUAAAUUAUGCUCACGAAUGAAUCUUUUGUUUAAGCUGACGGAAAAAAACAAAAGUUUAAUGGUGAAAGUCAUAGAGUGCGUGGAGAAAAGCCAAAUCACGGACUUAUUGAAAAACAAAAUUUUGCAACAACUUUACAUUAUGUACCCACGCAUCAAAUUUGUUAAGAAGUGUAGCGGCGAUGUACAAACAAACAAACUGCAAAGCCUAAAGGGCUGUCAAGCCGAUAAAAUAGCAAAUAAUUUGAUAACGUGCUUAGGAAGUUUAGUGGCAAAGAAAGAUUUUGAAACGUUGUCAACUGAUACUGAAUUGCUGCUGCGAAAGUUAGCUGCCUCGCAUCCUUUACUGUUUCUCCGUCAUUUGGGCGUAUUAUCUUCAGUUAUGCAAGGCAGGGGUCAGAAUAGCAUGAAAGCCUUACGUGAGGAACAUCACUUUCAUCGCUUCGUACAGAUAUUAAGAACUCUGGAGCUACUGCAGCCAACCAUUUUUGAAGAUGCCUAUAAAAAUGAGAUUCAAAGAACUCUCUCGUGCUAUUUUAUAUUUUUCAAACAUCACAGCUCAGUGAAGGAGGCCUGCCAAAUGCUGGUCAAAUUUGUGCAAAUAUUGCAAUCAUACAUCAAUGCUAAUCCCUCAAGUGCAUUGCUAUUCAUUGAGCAAUAUGUCGGAAUUCUGACCGAAUUGGCAGUCAAGUAUACGUCUAUCGGCAAGCUGCAAGCACUUGUGCAAGCUGUAGCUCUACUUCAGCAUAAAACAAAUACAUCUUUAGAAUUGGAUGACGAAGAAGUGAAAGUAGAAUAUGAACUAGACGGACAUUCUGAAACAAAACCAACCACUAAAUGUUUUGUCAAUGAAAUUGAUUCCUUUGACAGUACCACUAACGCUCAAGAUGUCUGCAGAAGUUCAUUUUCAGUUCUGACUCUGGGCUCUUACUGCAAGUCGAAUUUUACCGAUGUUUCCCCACAUAUUUUGGAUUUAAUCAAAAUCAUUAAGCAGUCUAAUAUUGAAGAUGUGAUACUAGGGCCGUUGCAGGAAAUGGAAUGUUUGACAUCAAAGCGAUUUGUUUUUAUAAACGAGUUGUUUGAGCGUCUGCUGGAAUUAAUAUUUUCGCCAAGUGCUCAGAUACGAUCCAUAGCCUUCAUUAUAUUAAUAAGACAUUUAAAGCACAACCCUGGGAACUCUGAUAUCAAUCAGUGUACUUUGAACGCCUACAUUCAGUGUUUGCGAGACGAGAAUUCGUCCGUAACAGCGACAGCGAUUGACAACCUACUUGAAAUAUGCAUUUUAUUGCAAGAGCACGCGGUUGAAAUCUUGUGUAUCGCAUUUUCGCUUGGAAUCAAAUCUUGCCUUAACACAAAUAAUCAAAUUCGGAAAGUCAUGCAAACAUUAGUAAUUCAGCAUGGAUAUUAAUAUUUUUUGUUUCUCUCAAUUACUUUUUUGUGAAAAUAUACGAAUGGAUCCUUCAUACAUUUGUACGGAAAUAAUGAUACAGAAU